GUGCACCUUUUCUUUCGUCGGAACCAUUUUCCUGGGGCUGUGUCCCCGCCCGGACCGCGGACGCCGAAGGCCGAGGGCCGGAAGAGCGCGCUGCCACAGCCGCGGAGUGUGCGGGGAGAGGGAAAGGGGGAGCGCGCGGAGCCGCGGAGGACGGGGCGAAGAUGGCGGCCUUUUCUGAGAUGGGUGUUAUGCCUGAGAUUGCACAAGCUGUGGAGGAGAUGGAUUGGCUUCUCCCAACUGAUAUCCAGGCUGAGUCUAUCCCCCUGAUCCUAGGAGGAGGUGACGUCCUCAUGGCUGCAGAAACAGGAAGUGGAAAAACUGGUGCUUUCAGUAUUCCAGUUAUCCAGAUCGUUUAUGAAACUCUGAAAGAUCAACAGGAAGGUAAAAAAGGAAAAACAACAAUUAAAACUGGUGCUUCAGUACUCAACAAAUGGCAGAUGAACCCAUAUGAUAGAGGAUCUGCUUUUGCAAUUGGAUCAGAUGGCCUUUGUUGUCAAAGCAGAGAAGUAAAGGAAUGGCAUGGGUGUAGAGCUACUAAAGGAUUAAUGAAAGGGAAAUACUACUAUGAAGUAUCCUGUCAUGACCAAGGAUUAUGCAGAGUUGGCUGGUCUACUAUGCAGGCCUCCUUGGACCUAGGUACUGACAAGUUUGGAUUUGGCUUUGGUGGAACAGGAAAGAAAUCUCAUAAUAAACAAUUUGAUAAUUACGGAGAGGAAUUCACUAUGCAUGAUACCAUUGGAUGUUACCUAGAUAUAGAUAAAGGGCAUGUCAAGUUUUCCAAAAACGGAAAAGACCUUGGUCUGGCGUUUGAAAUACCAGCACAUAUGAAAAAUCAAGCCCUUUUUCCUGCUUGUGUUUUGAAGAAUGCUGAACUAAAAUUUAACUUCGGGGAAGAAGAAUUCAAGUUUCCACCAAAAGAUGGUUUUGUUGCUCUUUCCAAGGCACCUGAUAGUUACACUGUCAAAUCACAACACACAGGUAAUGCACAGGUAACACAAACAAAGUUUCUCCCCAAUGCUCCAAAAGCUCUCAUUGUUGAACCAUCCCGGGAGUUAGCUGAACAAACUUUGAAUAACAUCAAGCAGUUUAAGAAAUAUAUUGAUAAUCCUAAAUUAAGGGAGCUUCUGAUAAUUGGAGGUGUUGCAGCACGGGAUCAGCUCUCUGUUUUGGAAAAUGGGGUAGAUAUAGUUGUAGGCACUCCAGGAAGACUGGACGACUUGGUGUCAACUGGAAAACUGAACUUAUCUCAAGUUAGAUUCCUGGUCCUUGAUGAAGCUGAUGGGCUGCUUUCUCAAGGUUAUUCUGAUUUUAUAAAUAGGAUGCACAAUCAGAUUCCUCAGAUUACCUCUGAUGGAAAAAGACUUCAGGUGAUUGUUUGCUCUGCCACUUUGCAUUCUUUUGAUGUAAAGAAAUUAUCUGAAAAGAUAAUGCAUUUUCCUACAUGGGUUGAUUUAAAAGGAGAAGAUUCUGUUCCAGAUACUGUACACCAUGUUGUUGUCCCAGUGAAUCCCAAAACCGACAGACUCUGGGAAAGGCUUGGAAAGAACCACAUUAGAACUGAUGAUGUACAUGCAAAAGAUAACACAAGACCAGGGGCUAACAGUCCAGAAAUGUGGUCUGAAGCUGUUAAAAUUCUGAAGGGGGAGUAUACUGUCCGGGCAAUCAAGGAACAUAAGAUGGAUCAAGCAAUUAUCUUCUGUAGAACCAAGAUUGACUGUGAUAACUUGGAGCAGUAUUUUAUGCAACAAGGAGGAGGACCUGAUAAAAAAGGGCAUCAGUUCUCAUGUGUUUGUCUUCAUGGUGACAGAAAGCCUCAUGAGAGAAAGCAAAACUUGGAAAGAUUUAAGAAAGGAGAUGUAAGAUUCUUGAUUUGCACAGAUGUAGCUGCUAGAGGAAUUGAUAUUCAUGGAGUUCCUUAUGUUAUAAAUGUCACUCUACCUGAUGAAAAGCAAAACUAUGUACAUCGAAUUGGCAGAGUAGGAAGAGCCGAAAGAAUGGGUCUGGCCAUUUCCCUGGUGGCAUCAGAGAAAGAAAAGGUUUGGUACCAUGUAUGUAGCAGUCGUGGAAAGGGAUGUUAUAACACAAGACUCAAGGAAGAUGGAGGCUGUACCAUAUGGUACAAUGAGAUGCAGUUGCUAUCUGAGAUAGAAGAACACCUGAACUGUACCAUUUCUCAGGUUGAGCCAGAUAUAAAGGUACCAGUGGAUGAAUUUGAUGGAAAAGUUACCUAUGGUCAAAAAAGGGCUGCUGGUGGUGGAAAUUAUAAAGGCCAUGUGGAUAUUUUGGCACCUACCGUUCAGGAGUUGGCUGCCCUUGAAAAGGAAGCACAGACAUCUUUCCUACAUCUUGGCUACCUUCCUAACCAGCUGUUCAGAACCUUCUGAUUUUUACAUACACUGAAUAAGCCUUGAGUAAUAAAACUGUAGUCUUAAAACUCUAAAACAGUUGUACUGCUUCCAAGCAGCAGUAUUUAUAGUAACUUAAGCUAUUAAUGCUAACUCUUGCAUGUCAAGAAACAUUAGUCUUAGGAAUACUUCAUGAAAAAUGGUAGCCUAAUGAAAAUAAAUUUGACAACUAUAUUUUCAUG